GGGUCCUGGUCCUGAAUGCAGCGGAGACAGACACCGGGCCGGGUGUCACCGUCAGCCACGGAUGCUGCGCCGCAGGAUGGCAUACGCCGACCCGUCGUCGGGUAAAGACAUCCUCGGCAGCCGGUCUCUUUGUUUCAUAUUUAUUUGCGCAUUUGGACUCGUCACACUUUUGCAACAGAUUCUAUAUGGAAAAAAUUACAUCAAGAGUGCGCAACAGUUUAGCCGACUGAAAGGGGACGAGACAGGAAAUUGGAGCGGUCCCGUUAAUUUCUCCGAUGAUGGAUCUCUGAAGCCGGCCAGAAAUGGAAGGAAAAGAUGUUUCCGUCAGAAUUUUCAGCCAGAUUCUCAGAUCUCCGUUAUAGUCACACCCUGCCUAGCCGAUUUAAGGAAGAAAAAAAAAAGAAGGUAUCUGGAAAACUAUGACGGCCCCUUUGAAUACAACUCCACUGCAUGCAGGGAGCUCCGGCAAGAGAUCAUGGACGUCAAAGUCCUAACGAUGGUGAAAACCUCAGAGCUGUUUGAGAGGUGGAGAAACCUGCAAGUGUGCAGGUGGGAGCAGAACAAGGAGGAGACCAGCAACUUUAAGAUGUCGCUGUCUCGCUGCUGUAACGCUCCGUCCUUCCUGUUCACCACCAAGAGGAACACUCCUGCAGGGACCAAGCUGAGGUAUGAAGUGGACACCAGCGGGAUCCUUCCCAUCACCACCGAGGUCUUCAAGAUGUUCCCAGAUGAUAUGCCAUACUCCAAAUCACAGUACAAGAAAUGUGCAGUGAUUGGAAAUGGUGGUAUCAUCAAGAACAGCAAAUGUGGAAAGGAAAUCGACUCAGCAGAUUUUGUUUUCAGGUGCAACAUCCCGCCCAUUUCUGAGAAGUACUCUGCAGAUGUUGGAACGAAAACUGAUCUGGUGACCAUAAACCCGAGCAUCAUCACCGAGAGAUUUCAGAAGCUGGAGAAAUGGAGGCGUCCGUUUUACGAGGUCCUCCAGAACUACGAGAACUCCUCGGUGGUGCUGCCCGCCUUCUACAACACCCGCAACACCGACGUGUCGUUCCGGGUCAAGUACAUGCUGGACGACUUCGACUCGCAGAGGGGCGUGUUCUUCUUCCACCCGCAGUACCUGCUGAACGUGCAGCGCUUCUGGGCCGUGCAGGGCGUCCGGGCCAAGCGGCUGAGCAGCGGCCUCAUGCUGGUCACCGCCGCCAUGGAGCUGUGCGAGGAGGUGCACCUGUACGGCUUCUGGGCCUUCCCCAUGAACCCCGCCGGCAUCUUCAUCACCCACCACUACUACGACAACGUCAAGCCGCGGCCCGGCUUCCACGCCAUGCCGCACGAAAUCUUCAACUUCAUCCACAUGCACACGCGUGGGAUCAUCAACGUGCACACGGGGGAGUGCACGUGAUCUGGGCCUU